UGGGCCCGCGGCUUGGAGGUGUCUUUCUAGCUAGGAUUGGGGGUAGGGGUGGGCGCUGGCGACGCGUGAAGUUGCCGUGGUUCCCGGGGGAUACAGCCUGAGGGCGGGGCCUCAAGCGCAGAGAAGGGAAGGCGCCUCGGGGUAACGCUGGAGGCUGCGGCUCAGGCGAGAGGUGUCCGGGAGCCCCAGCCCGAUCUGUCCUGCCCAAUGGGCUCCAGGGAACCACCUCUACCCCCGGGAAGGUCAGGCCGGGGACCGCCGGCUCCGCCGCCGCAGAGAUGCCCACCUUGCCAAGAUGGCGACUCCCGGAGAGACACUCCCAAGGGGACAGCCAUGUUAGUGGCCUGACAAAGUCCCCAAAGAAAAUUGGAAAGCCCGCCUCUUCUCCGACACACACGAACAGGCACACGCACUAACACCUCCGCCGUGCAGCCCGUGUAAUUGGGGGCGGACGGCCGCUUCCACGCCGACACUGAGCAUGUGCAGUGUGGAGUCGAAGAAACGCGAGAGUCCCGCAGACGCAGUUUCAACACUUAGGGCUCUGGGACUGAGUUUAACAGAGGCAGCGGUUUCAGGGCCAGUGAAACCGUGACCUAUUUAUGGGGGUGUUAGGACAGGGCUUUCGUGCUCAGUGAUGGUUCUCUGUGGGGUGAGUGACAGGGCUUCUCUGGAGUCACUCAUGAGGAGGUGCGUGGAGUGACUGAGGUUUGUGGCCAGAGACGGUCAUCUGAGUGAUUAUUAGAUGCGGGAAUGGAUGUUCCUUGAAGUGGAUGGUUUCUUGGAGUCUCUGCGGAGCCCCUGGGCCAGACCCCGCUGUGAAGGCUGCAGGAUCUUCCUUCCCCCCAGAGCAGCUCUGGUUGAGUCCUCGGACCUGCCUGGCCUCGGGCUCCCGGGAAGAGCAGAGUUGCCCCCAGGAGAGCCCGAGGGCUGAGGCCCAGCGGGAGGAUGCCCGCCAACCGGAGCUCUCCCCAGUGGUCCCCAACCCGGACGGCAGUGGGACACAGCAGCGUGUGUGAGGCAUCAGUGUCAUUUGAGGACGUGACUGUGGACUUCAGCAGGGAGGAGUGGCAGCACUUGGACCCUGCUCAGAGGCGCCUGUACCGGGAUGUGACCCUGGAGAACUACAGCCAUCUGCGCUCCGUGGGGUACCACGUUCCCAAACCGGAGGUCAUCUGCAAGUUGGAGCAAGGAGAGGGGCCAUGGACGCUGGAGGAGGAAACCCCACAUCAGAGCUGCUCAGAUGAGAAUAUUGGGCAAACUCAACAACAGAGAAUUUCUGGAGAAGUUUCAUUCCACUGUGAGAAAUUUGGCCAAUCUAUAGGAAAAGAUUCAUUAUGUUCCAUUUUAGAACUGUGGCAAGAUAAUGACCAGCUAGAGGGAUAUCAAGAAAAUGGAAAUAAUCCUUUAAGUCACAUGAAAGUAUUGAUUAAGGAGAGAGGCUACGAGUAUAAAAACAUCGAAAAAAUAAUUCAUGUGAGUAGCAGACAUGUUCCUUCAAUUAAAAGACUCCGUAACUGUGACACAUUUGGAAAGAAUUUGAAGCAUACUUUAAACUUACAUAAUCAUAAUAAAAGCAAUGCAACAAAGAACUUUGAUAAGAUUUUUGAAAAUGGCAACAAUUUUGCCCAUAGCUCUUCCUCGACUAAGAACGAGAAUGCUGCUAAUACAAGAGCAAAUUCCUGUGAACUUAAUCGAUGUGAAAAACAUCUUGGCCAUAAACAAAUUCUCACCCACCAUCAGAAAAUUCAUACUGGAGAAAAGCUUUAUGAAUGUGCUGAAUAUGUAAAGACCCUCACCCAGAAGUCACAUCUUUUUGAGCAUCAGAGAAUAAUACAUGCUGGAGAAAAGUCCCAUGAAUGCAACAAAAGUGAGAACAUCUUCGCUCAGAAGCCACAAAUUGAGGUGCCUCAAAGUGUUUAUACAAGAGAGAAACCCUUUAUAUGUGCUCAGUGUGGGAAGGCCUUUACUCUCAGGUCAAACCUCAUUACACAUCAGAAAAUUCAUACUGGGCAGAAACCCUAUAAAUGCAGUGAGUGUGGAAAAGCCUUUUUCCACAGAUCAUAUCUUUUUAGACAUAUGAGAAUUCAUACAGGAGAAAAACCUUAUGAAUGCAGUGAAUGUGGAAGAGGCUUCUCCCAGAAUUCCGACCUCAAUAUACAUCAGAAAACUCAUACUGGAGAGAAACACUAUGCAUGCAGUGAAUGCGGGAAAGCCUUUACAAGAAAAUCAGCACUCAGGAUGCAUCAGAGAAUUCACACAGGCGAGAAACCCUAUGUAUGCACUGAAUGUGGGAAGGCCUUCAUCCAGAAGUCCCAUUUCAAUACACAUCAGAGAAUUCAUACUGGAGAAAAACCUUAUGAAUGCAGCGACUGUGGGAAAUCAUUCAUUAAGAAAUCACAACUCCAUGUGCAUCAAAGAAUUCAUACAGGAGAAAAGCCUUACAUAUGUACAGAAUGUGGAAAGGUGUUCACUCACAGGACAAAUCUCACUACCCAUCAGAAAACUCAUACUGGAGAGAAACCAUAUAUGUGUGCCGAAUGUGGGAAGGCUUUCAGUGAUCAAUCAAAUCUCAUCAAACACCAAAAAACUCAUACCGGAGAGAAACCUUAUAAGUGCAACGGCUGUGGAAAGGCCUUCAUAUGGAAGUCACGCCUCAAGAUACAUCAGAAAUCUCACAUUGGAGAGAGACACUAUGAAUGCAAUGAAUGUGGGAAAGCCUUUAUCCAGAAAUCAACACUCAGUGUGCAUCAGAGAAUCCAUACAGGAGAGAAACCCUAUGCGUGUCCUGAAUGUGGGAAGGCCUUCAUCCAGAAAUCACAUUUCAUUGCGCAUCAUAGAAUUCAUACUGGAGAGAAGCCUUAUGAAUGCAGUGACUGUGGGAAGUGCUUCACGAAGAAGUCACAACUCCGUGUGCAUCAGAAAAUUCACACAGGAGAGAAACCCAAUAUAUGUGCUGAAUGUGGAAAGGCCUUCACUGAUAGGUCAAAUCUCAUAACACACCAGAAAAUCCAUACUAGAGAGAAACCCUAUAAAUGCAGUGAUUGUGGAAAAACCUUCACCUGGAAGUCACGCCUCACUAUCCAUCAGAAAUCUCAUACUGGAGAAAGACACUAUGAAUGCAGUAAAUGCGGGAAAGCUUUCAUUCAGAAAGCCACACUAAGUAUGCAUCAGAUAAUUCAUACAGGAAAGAAACCUUAUGCUUGUACAGAAUGUCAGAAGGCUUUCACUGACAGAUCAAAUCUCAUUAAACACCAGAAAACUCACAGUGGAGAAAAACUGUACAAAGCCAGUGACUGAAAACGCCUUCAGCUGGAAAUCACAACUAGAUCUGCACCAGCCAUCUCAUAGUGAGGACGAGGAGUGGCUGAUGCUGCUGCAGUCAUUGUGUAGGGGCACGUAGAGAUGACAGACUACAGACAGCAUAAGUGAACAGAAGGCAGACAAAGCCACGUAUCCUUUAGUCAGUUGGAAAUACAAGUACCUGCAUCACCACAGUUGAUGUGCAGUUAUAUGCGUAGGGAGACGCUUUGAUAAAGCAUUUGAGCAAUAGCCCUGUUUGGUUUCAUGACUCACACAGGGACUCAAUCUCCUGGAAGUGGUAGAAAUAGACACACCAGGAGAUAACUUGUAAUUUCUUCUGUUUCACUUUUUGGAUAAAGGGCUUAAUAAAUUCAGCACUGAUUAUUUAUUCAUACUGUAGGUAGUAAAUGUACUCGA